AUGGAGUUGCAGAACCAAACUCUGCAGAUUCCUCCCGCUCCGCCUGCCGGCCCCCCAAACUCUGAGUUGAACCAUCUUCCUCAGAAUAACGGAGCGUCGCUAUCUACAUCCAUACCGGUUUCCACAGCUGCCUCUCAAGCUUCCUUCGAGGAAUCUGUGACUCCAGGCUCCAGUUCUACAAACUUACUACACAUCCCUAAACUUUCUGCAGCGACUGUGGAACUUUUGGCUCGCACAAAUGGGAUGAACCGGCAGAAGCCUAUAAGCGACAGCUCUAUAAUGAGCAGCUGCAAUAAUACGGCCGGGACCCCAUGUUCCACUCGUAGUGAAUCGAAUGGUGACUUAUCGGCACCAGCAGCUUCAGGAAAUGGAAAGAAGGAGGUGAGGGAGGGGACAAAAUACAUGUCAAUAUUAUCAUCACAGUCUUCCAUUUCUCAACAGGAGAAUACACUUGAUAGCACCACGUCCAUGGAUAUAACUACCCAACAACAACCGCCCCUCGCCACUCCAGGGCCCACUAAUGUUUACAACGCUGUGAGAUCACCCGAUAGCAUUGCCCCGACAAUGUCCAGUCCGACUCUCGCCAACAAUAUGCAUCUGAGGAAAAUUGCUCCUCACCCCGCAAGUACCCCUCUUGCCACUUCAACAUCCGGAUCGAAACAGCAGAGGACGACAACAACCAACCUUCGCAGGAGCGGCCGGAAGGGAGCAAAGAGGCGCAAAAUGGGGAGAAAUAAAGCCAGCGAUGAUGACGAUGGUAUAAUCAAAGCUAGUGAUACUAGUUCUGACGAAUCCUCUGAUGAAGCUACACCUGUUAUUAUACAGACCAAGUCUGGUAGACAGAUCCAUCGACCAACCGUCUUCGUUUCUGCGCAAACAGCUACGGGAUCAGGAUCACCCACAGCCCCUGAUGCAGCAUCGUCGCCACACCCGCGAAAGCGAAGACGGGUCUAUCGCAAAGGGAAGGAAGUCAAUGUCGUAUGCCGGCACUGCGAGAGAGGUCAUAGCCCUACAGGCAAUGUGAUUGUCUUUUGCGAUGACUGCAAUCGACCCUGGCACCAAUUCUGCCACGAUCCCCCAAUCGAGAAGGAAUUGGUUACGAUGAAGGAACUGGAAUGGUUUUGCAAAGAGUGUCGACCAGUCGAGACUUCGUCUCAUGAGAUAUACCCUCCGUCAGCCGUGCAACAAGUCACUGUCAAUAGAAUAGAUACUUCCAAUCACGUAUCUACUAUCCCAUCGGAGACCAGGGUUGGAGGCGCUCAAUUCUCCCCGGAACAAAAACAGGGAUAUCUGAGUAGCCUUUCCCACGCCCACCUCGUCAACAUCCUGCUAGACAUUUCCAACUCGACACCCGACCUUCCCAUCUUCCCUGAAAACUUGUUAGACUUACCAUCAUCGACCUUACCACAAACCACACUGCAUGCACCAACAACACAACCCAGAACAAGUAACAAACCACCCUUUAAUAUUGGCGAAUCUUCAACAUCAGUGUCAACCCUAUCUAGCCAGAACUCCCUCACAACCCCCCAGUCAUCCAUCGCCGGCCACCCACACCCACCACCUAUUUCUGUCCCUGUCGCCGCGGAAGAAAACAACUUAGCUCUAAUUCCCAACAACGAACCUAGUGACGAGGACGAAAAUGAGGACGAGGAAUACAUGUAUAUAGAAGAUCACCGGCUCUACCCUAGGCCUGGCAAUGGGUUCCGUCUCCCUCCCGAUUCGGAAGAUCUUGAUAUGCUCCUGGAAGAUCCUGCAUGGCCUACGUUCAGUCAUUCCUUACAUGGAUCAGUUAAGGUUAGAAUGGAGACAGGUGGGCUUCCCAUAGUAGUCGGAGAUGUAGCUUAA